GCGAUUAACUUCCCGCCAGAGUUUGGAUCGGCCCGCAAGGGCCAAGAAGCUCCCCGCGGACCCUUCAACGGCUACGGAAAGGCCCACAAACGAACAAAGCUUCUUCAGCCACACAGGGCUAGACCGUCUAAAACGGUAAAAUACGUGGUUAAUGGCACAUUUCACCUUUUGACCGUCGAUGGCGGACAAAAA